AUGGCACCCGCACUCAAGACCUUCUCGUCCGCCUCGGACGCCAAGCUCCACCAGUACAACGAGCACCGGGACAUCCAGAUCGGCGACACGGCCUCCAGCAUCAAAGACGACCCCUCGGCGCCCAUGACCUCCGGCUUCUUCACGCUCGAGAAGGGCUGCAAGGCCACCACCACCUUUGGCUUCUCCGAGUACAAGUAUGUGGUGUCGGGGACGUUUGUGCUGUCGGACAGCAACGGCAACAAGGCCACCUGCAGGGCGGGAGAUGUGUUUUACAUCCCGAAGAACUCGACGAUUACUUUUGAGACUGAGCAUGGAGGCAAGGCUUUCUUUGUUGCGCAGAGACCCUUGAACGAGAGCAGGAAAGCCGGCGUGUUUGCACGCCUGUAG